CUACUUCUUUAGCCUGCAUUCAGCAUUUCAUCCGUCAACCAUUCCCUGCCUGCCGCCAUCGAGUACGCGGCUAUCCUUAACCGUACUACUGAGAUCUCAGCAGCGGGAAUUUGUACUCGAAAGCCGGCGCCCAUAGUGCUGAGAAAUUGGCUUGGAGAUCAAUCCCCUCCCGCUGCGACGAUGCCGCCGAAGCGCAAGGCGCCGCCCGGGCAGGCGGGCGCGGCCAAGGCAGGGCGGGCAUCUGCCAUGUCGACCCCCGGCCCGGCGACUCCGCGUAGCCUUGACAGCUCGGUGAUGUCGGACGGCGAUGAGGACUUUGACGAAGACGUGUCCGAAGAGCAAAGGGAGCGCGAGGCGAUGCUUUCCAAGGAGGCCGAUGAGUUCGUCAGCAAGUUCACGCUGGGGGGCAAGCGCCUUCAAGGGCAGAAGGACGACAUCGGGAGGGAAGUCAGGCGAUAUGACGCCGCGUCGCCCUUUUUUAGAAAGCGGGAUUUUUCCCACCUUCCGCUCAAGCCCGAUCAUCAGAACCGCCCGUUAUGGAUCGACCCGGACAGCUGCACCAUCGUUCUCGAGCGGUUCAAUCCGCUGGCCGAGCAGGCCACCGAUUUCCUCAUCACUAUCGCUGAGCCCAAGUCGCGCCCUACUUUCCUGCACGAGUAUGCUCUGACGCCGCACAGCCUGUACGCGGCCGUGUCGGUGGGCUUGCGACCGAAAGAUAUCAUCAACACGUUGGAGCGUUUCCUAAAGACCUCGCUGCCUGAUAUCGUUCGCAAAAAAAUUGAAGAUCACACAAGGAGUUUUGGCAAGGUGAAGUUAGUCCUCAAGCACAACAAAUAUUACGUAGAGAGCGCGGACGCCGAGGUGCUGCAGACCCUCCUCAAGGACAAGGUGAUCGGGGCGCUCCGCGUCCAAGGGUCCGGCGACAUCACCACCAGCUAUGCGCCUACCAUGGGUGGUCUCGUCAUCCCGGGGACGCAGAACGCUGCCGGCGUCCACCAGGCAGAUCUGAAGCCGGGUGAGAAGAAGCCUGGCGAGGGUAGCAACGUCCCCAACGAGGCGGACCUCUUCACCGCUCUAAAUGAAGAAGAUGACGAUGACGAUAAAGAAGCCGUCCAUUCGUUUGAGAUCUCCGAUGCCAAUGUCGAGACCGUCCAGAAACGCUGUCUCGACAUCGGCUACCCCAUCUUGGAAGAAUAUGACUUCAGAAAUGACGACGUAAACCCGAAUCUGGAGAUUGACCUUCGCCCCAACACCCAGAUCCGCCCGUAUCAGGAGAAGAGCCUGAGCAAGAUGUUCGGCAACGGCCGCGCCAAGAGCGGCAUCAUCGUCCUGCCGUGCGGCGCGGGCAAGACGCUGGUCGGCAUUACUGCUGCUUGCACCAUCAAGAAGGGGGUCAUCGUCCUGUGUACCAGCUCCAUGUCUGUCGUGCAGUGGCGCCAGGAAUUCCUCAAGUGGUCCAACAUCAACCCGGACGAUAUCGCCAUCUUUACUGCCGAGAGCAAGCAAAAGUUUUCCGGCAGCACCGGUAUCAUCGUCACCACGUACUCCAUGGUCACCAACAGCCGGGAGCGGUCUCACGAUUCCAAGAAGAUGAUGGACUUUUUGAGAGGCCGCGAAUGGGGCCUGAUGCUCCUGGAUGAGGUCCACGUCGUCCCGGCCGAGAUGUUCCGGCGCGUCAUCUCGUCCAUCAAGUCGCACUCUAAGCUUGGACUCACGGCGACGCUUCUACGCGAAGAUGACAAGAUCUCCCAUCUUAACUUCCUCAUCGGCCCCAAGCUUUACGAAGCUAACUGGAUGGAGCUGUCGCAGCAGGGCCACAUCGCCAAGGUGCAAUGCGCCGAGGUUUGGUGCCCUAUGCCGACCGAGUUCUACGACGAGUAUCUCCGUGCGAACGCGCGCAUGAAGCGCACCCUCUACGCCAUGAAUCCGCGCAAGUUCCAGGCCUGCCAAUACCUGAUCAACUAUCACGAAGCUCGUGGCGACAAGAUUAUCGUCUUUUCGGACGAGCUUUACUCCCUCAAACAGUACGCCCUCAAGCUCAAGAAGGUCUUUAUCUACGGCGGCACCUCCCAGGCGGAGCGCAUGCAAGUCCUCGAGAACUUCCAGCACAACCCCGAAGUCAACACCCUGUUCCUCUCCAAGAUUGGCGAUACCUCCCUCGAUCUGCCAGAGGCGACCUGCCUGAUCCAGAUCUCGUCCCACUUUGGCUCCCGCCGUCAGGAGGCCCAGCGGCUGGGCCGCAUCCUCCGCGCCAAGCGCCGCAACGACGAAGGGUUUAACGCCUUCUUCUACUCGCUGGUCUCCAAAGACACCCAGGAGAUGUACUACUCCUCCAAGCGCCAGGCCUUCCUCGUCGACCAGGGCUACGCCUUCAAGGUCAUCACGCAGCUGGCCAAUAUCGAGAAGACGCCCGACCUGGCGUUUGCCACCCCUCAGGAGUGCCGCGAGCUGCUGCAGCGCACGCUGGUCGACAACGAGCGCGGCGUCGAGGACGACGUCGAGACGGACGAUCUGUUCGGUAAGACCGGUCGGAGUCGCGGCGCCGGUUCCGGGAACGGCGUGAAGAAACCCGGCAACGGGGUGCGCCGGACUGCGGGGAUGCUCAGCGAGCUUGCCGGUGGGCAGGACAUGGCAUAUAUCGAGCAGAACAAGGCGGCAAACAAGGCGCUCAAGGCGAAGGCGAAGAAGGGCGCUGGCAGCGAAGGGCAGAGCAAGUUUUUCAAGAGCAUCCAGAGGGAGAAGGAAAAGGCCCGGGCUCGGGCUGGGUUAUGAUGAGGCCACUGUUCUUGUUUAUUAUUGUCCUCUCUCAAGGCCGAAUGUUGGUAAAUUUGGUUGUUUCGAGCCAUCAGCUCGCAGACACGGUGCGCCCGCCCUGCCUUUCAGGAAUAAGGAAGGGGGGGGGGGGGGGGGUUGGAUCUUGUAUAACAGUGGAAACGGGUCACAGUACCCUCUCAGGGUUGGGGAGGCUUUGACAAAACCGGCGUUAAUAGAACGGGCUAACGGUGGCGAGGGUAGCUAGUGCAAGUCAUUACAAGGCGCAUGGCUCUGAGAGCCAUGAGAAUGAUGUAGAUGGCCGAGUGUUUAAAUCCGUCGGCCAUGCUUCGUUAGGAUCAAUUUGGUUCCCCCCCAUAUACCACCACAUACCAAUACUU